CUCCUCCUCUUCUGCGCUCCUUCGGUUGUCCGUUUCUGUCUUCCUCCAUCAGUUUCUUCCCUUUCUAUCUCUAGGCAGGUUGCGUGUUAGGGGGAUGCUCUGCUGCUUCAGCACCCGCGCGCGCCCUGCUCAACCUGCUCCUCUUUCGCGUGACAGAUCCGUAGUGAUGGCCAGCAACAGCGCCAACAACUUGCUCGUGGCCGGCGAGGGGGGAGCCGACCGUGCCUUGGGCUCCCAGGAACGCCGCCUACGCCGCCGCCGCGGCGGCUCCGCCCAGGUAGCCGAACAAAGCGAGGCUCCCGACACGAAACUGGCCGCCCGGUGGCGCGGCGCGUACGGGGCGGCUGGGAUGGUGGGGAGCUACCGGAAGAUCAUGGAGGACAAGGUGUCGCUGCACCCGUCCUUCUUUACUUGGGUUGACGGCUCGCGCAUGCACUUCUUCGCCGUCUUCGAUGGCCACGGUGGACCCGAGGUGUCUGCGCUGUGCAGGGACCAUAUGCACGCAAUCCUUGCGGAUGAGCUGGCCCGCGCGGCCGCAGCCUACCAGAAGGAGCAUCAGCAGGACGAGGAGGCGGAGCAUCGCGCCUGGAAGGCCGCGCUGACACGGAGCUUCGUGCGGGCGGACGAGCUGGGGGCAUCGGGGGUGCCCCGGGGCACCAUAGGUGGGUCCACGGCCGUGGUGGCGCUCUUGGUCCGCAGCCGCAUCAUCGUGGCCAACUGCGGCGACUCCCGCGCCGUGCUCUGCCGCGCCGGCCGAGCCAUCCCGCUCUCCGGGGACCACAGGGUGAGAUUAAAUGUGUCAUGUGUAUGUAGGAGUAUUUCUCUCAUUUGGUCGGUCGGACAAAUUUUAGCUUGA